AUGAAAUCAUUUCCAGAUCAAGACCGAGUCAAAAGCCUCAAAGAUCUACACAUCGAACAAGGCCCACUUCUGUCACAACGGUCGUUAGGAGUAAUGUGGGAUUUGGAGAAGGAUGCUUUCGCAUUUCAAAUUACAUUGCCGGAGAAACCGUAUACUCGUAGAGGCAUGUUAUCUGUCGUUAACUCAAUUUAUGACCCAUUGGGAUUCGCAAUUCCAGUCACCCUACAAGGACGAUUGCUGCUUCGGGAUCUCGUCAAAAUGGGGAAUGAAAGACGGGGAGACAAAGCAUCUCUCGGAUGGGACGAUCCUCCUCCACAACCACUACAAAAUCGAUGGAGCAGCUGGAGAGAUUCAUUAUUUGACUUAGAAGAUAUUCGAAUCCCAAGAUGUUAUCGUCCAGAAACAUUUGGGGAAACGAAAAGAUCAGAAAUUCACGCGUUCUCGGAUGCCAGUGAUAAAGCAAUCGGUACUGCGGUCUUCCUUAAGCAAGAAAACUACACGGGAGAAGUAAAUGUUUCACUUCUGUUUGCACAAGCACGAUUAUCUCCAAAACAAGCAACGACUAUCCCAAGGCUCGAACUUUGUGCAGCAGUGCUAUCGGACCAAGCAGUGAAGUGGAUAACUUGUGAACUGCGAUUGAAUAUUGAUGAAACUGUAUUCUACACCGAUUUCAGAGUGGUGUUAGGCUAUAUUCAGAACGAGAGCCGACGCUUCUACGUGUACGUAGCGAACAGGGUCCAGAUCAUUUCCAGCAUUUCAGAUCCUUCACAGUGGAAAUACGUGGAAACGACCCAUAACCCCGCAGACUCGUGGCAUCUUCAUGGUUCAAUGGUCCGGAAUUUCUGCGAAAUGACCACUCUUCCCCAACGACAAAUGAUCACAAACUCAAGUAUUAUGAGCGACGAUCCCGAAGUUCGUCCCGAAGUUUCAACUUACUUGUCCGAGGUUCAACUAAUUGAAAGUCUGGGAUCGGAAAGAUUCAAUCGCUUCUCAAGGUGGACUACACUUCGCAGAGCUCUAGCCAAUUUGAUUGUUAAAGCAAAACAAGUCAAAGCCCGACGGCGAGGAGGAAAUUUGUCAACACCCAACACCAGGCGUACCCGUAGCAAUCCACCGAACCCUCCAACCUCAAAGCAUUCUCUCACAAAUCCUUCUGCUAAGGAACUGAACCAAGCUGAAAACUUGAUGAUGAAGACUGCGCAAGCGGACGCGUUCACUCCCGAGAUUAGGAUAAUACAACAAUCGAAGUCAUUGAAGAAGUCACGCUUAUACAGCCCGACCCUUUCAUCGAUAAUAACGGAGUACUUCGAGUCGGUG